GGCGCAAUGCUUAAAAAAUAAACGUGCAAAAUACCGAAUUAAACUUUGCACGGGUGAAUAACGAGCUUUACUGGAGCCCAAAAUACAGCCCUAUGUGUUCAACCCAGCAUUUAUCACAUCAAGUCAAAUCUGCGCAGAUCUGCAUCAAGUCGAACAAGCCUGUUAAGUCAGCUGCACACGCACAUCUCGAACGUACUUUGUGUUAGCUGGGUCACGUCACACCCUGCUUCUAUGACCGCGGAAGGAGUUGCUCGUAUUGGCACAGAUCAACUAUCGACUACUGAAACAAAUCUCUUUUGUUGUGAGGAUGGCAAGUGAUGGCAACCCAAAAUGCUAAAAGCAUGUACAUGAAAUGUAGUUUGCAAACUGUGAUUUUGAAUUUGUAAAGAAAAUGGCCCGAAGUGUGAACUUCAAUCCAGAUUCACACCACCUUGAAGCAGAAAUGGAAAGCCCCAUUGAUGAAGCAGCAGUUCAUGACUCCUUCAGUCACUUGAUAGAGGAACAGGUUCAGGGCUUUCCAAACGCCCUAGAAAUGGAUCAGUUGGAACUUGACGAUGAGGCCAGAGAUGAUGUAGGCUACUUGGUAAACCCAGUGAUGCGACAGGAAGAAUGCCACCAACAAGGAGAUCCACAUAUUGAACACUGGUCCUCUGCUACUCUAAGAAUUCUGUCCUCGAUGCCGAGCCGCACAAUUGGCCGCAGUCGUGGUGCAAUCAUCUCUCAGUACUAUAACCGCACUAUGCAGUUGCGCCGCCGCAGGCAAAGUCGGCCAUCUAUACGUGACUUUUCCCAUUCUUCCCGGCCCAGUAUCCGUGGUUAUGGUGGAGUGGAGUCAGACUUGGGGGAUUUACAUGAAGAGGAAACUAAGAGAGAGCGCCUUGUGAAUAACCUGCAAAACCUGAGUGUUAGUGAUCGUGUGCGAAUGCUUAGGGCUAUGCCCCUAAGUGUUUCAGAGAAGACUGAACUCAGGCAUCUGGCACUUUGGCAUAAAGAGCGUUCAUUUUCUAGAAGCAACAUCCCUUGCUGCAGUCAAUUUAAAUAUUAUCUGAUCACUGCUGCAAGACAAACUUGGUAUAGUUGGCUGUCACUACUGUCAUCCCUGCAGCUUUGGCAAACCGCACUGAAGACAGUGAGCGGACGUUUUGGCACAGGCGUCCUCUCGUAUUUUGUUUUCCUUAGAACGCUUCUUUUCUUCAACAUCUUCCUUUUCUCUGUUACUGGGCUCUUUUUAGUACUCCCACAGGCUGUGUUCCCCCCAGUGCUCUCCAACACCACAGGACUGUCUGGUCUGGAACUUCUCACUGGAGGGGGUUAUUUCACAGAGUCAGUCAUGUUCUAUGGAUACUACACAAAUGUCACGCUGAAGAAAGACUGUGUUUCAAAAGAGUCCAUUUCAUCAACUCUAAGUGAAGUAGGGUGUCAUGGAGGUCUUUCCUACAACAUGCCCCUUGCCUACUUCUUUACCAUUGGAGGUACCUUCUUUGUCACCUGCAUCAUUCUUGUUUACACUAUGUCAAAGUUAUUUGGGCAAAGUUUCAGGAUUGAUAAGUCUCAGAGUAUCUUGGCCAUGAAAGUUUUCUGCUCCUGGGAUUUUAAAGUCAUCAAGAAAACGUCUGUCAAACUGCAAUCAGAAAAUAUCUCCACAUUGCUUAAAGAGCUUUUAGCAGAGAUCAGUCAUAAAAAAGGGGAAGCACCCAUCCGUCAAAGGCUAGGUCGGAUCUCAAUGCAUUUGCUAGCCUGGUCCAUGUGUGUGGGAAGCAUCUUGGCUUGCGUCUUUGCUGUCUACUACUUCUCUGAAUAUAUGUAUGAGGAGUUCCGAGCAAAAUACAGCAAAUCAUCUGACAGCCCUAGCCUGCUUGCUCUGCCUGUGGUAGUGUCAAGCAUUAAUCUCCUGCUGCCAGGUUUCUUUAAUAUAGUGGCCUCAAUGGAGAAGUAUGACUCACCCAGUGUGCACACCUAUGUUUCUAUUAGCAGGAACCUUAUGUUGAAAGUGAGUGUCCUUGGCAUUUUGUGCUAUCAUUGGCUGGGUCGCAUUGCAGCUAACCCGCAGAGUCUUGUGUGUUGGGAGACAUUUGUUGGCCAGGAGCUAUACAGAUUCCUUGUGAUGGAUUUCAUCUUUACUGUACUGGAUACAUUCUUUGGGGAAUUUUUGUGGAGGUUGUUUUCACAGAAACUGCUAAAGAGGAGGAGGAAACCUGUGUUUGACAUUGCACGGAAUGUUCUGGAGAUGAUAUAUGGACAAACACUUGCUUGGAUGGGUUUGCUGUUUACGCCAUUGUUGCCGGCAGUACAAAUUAUAAAACUUAUCUGCCUGUUUUACAUGAAGAAGACCAGUUUGAUGAUGAACUGCCAGGUUCCAAGAAAACCAUGGCGUGCCAGUCAGAUGACCACAAUCUUCAUUACCCUGCUAUGUUUUCCCUCUUUUCUGGGUGCAGCUGUGUGUGUCACAUGUACAAUGUGGUCAAUCAAACCAUCUCAAAGCUGUGGACCAUUCCGUGGCCUGCAGACCAUGAUUCAGUCUGGAAAACUCUGGGUUAAACAGCUAGAGAGUGCCAACUCUAACUUGGCCUGGCUCACUUGGGUGCACACUUACUUGGUGGAGAACCCGGUGAUCUUCCUUUUUCUCACUGCCAUGAUCUUCUUCAUUGUCAUCUACUUCCACACGCAGGUGGUAGAUGGACAGAGGAAGAUAAUCACUCUUCUUCAGCAUCAAAUUGAAAAUGAAGGGGAGGAUAAAAAGUUUCUGAUCACCAAACUGCAGGCAAUCCAUGAACAGAGUCGACCUUUGUCUUCCCAACGAAUCAGAGGAACUAGUGAGGACUCCAGUUAUUAUUGAGCUUUAAUGAUAAUAAAUGCAAGCAGCAUGUUACAUCCAGACGUCCAUAUUGAAUCAAACAGCACAUCGCUCAGACUAAUAUACCCAACUGGACAGCAAUGGUGGUAAACCGUAUUCUUCAUGGUCAUUUAUUGUUACACCUCCGUGUAAGUGUGCAAGGAGAGUAAAAAUCUUGCUACAUCAAAUAAAUAUUUGCUACUAAGUGCUAAUGGUAGGAGUGUUAUGUUGAUGUUAUAGCAGUUUUGUCUGAAUAGAUAAUAAGUCUUUUCAUAAGUCUUUUAUUUUACACACCUUUCGAAAAUCAUCUUUUGGUGAUCUCACAAUUAAAACAAUGAGGAAAAAUCCAACCUUCAGGGGAAAGAAAUUCUGAGAAACAAAAAUACCUCAUAACAGGGAGGCUACACCAGUCCCCUAACUGAAAUGUUCAGUUCGCGUUGCGUCUGCUGCAACAAUUAGCUUCCAUUAUGAUCAGAGGAACUGGCUACACCAGAUGUGAUAGUGGUGCAUACGUUCGAAAAAAUAGACCAGUCUUCUGAAACAAUUUUUACACGCCGUGAACAGAGCGCUUCAGUUACGCGCCCGGCAGUGUUGUGGCUGAAUGCGUUCAUUGAACGAUAGUUUAUGAACUCGUUCAUAUUUUGGGUGAACGUGAACUGAACGUACUGUAUUACUGCCUGAUAAACGUUACUGUGAACUCGUUCAUUCUGGUGUCUGUGAACUGUACGCUCUCUCAGUUUAACUUCGUUCAAUAGGGUGCCAGAUUUCUACAGAGCCUUCCAGGCGAAUACCCGGCUAUAACACACAGUAAACAGGCCUUAAUAUGUAGCGGAAAAAACACCUGAUCUGGCAAGGCCAGCCAUCAGUGUCGCACCGCCGCAUGCGUCAUCAAAACAAAAGCAGCGUGUAGGCCAGCACUUCUCAAACUAUAGGCUGCGGUCCUUUUUCCCAUCGGAAAAAGAAUGAGACAAUUUAGGACAACGUAGGCCAAGUUAUGGACAGGCAGCUUAAAGCAGACCCAUGGGGCAGUGGGGAGUUACUUUCAGUUUCCGUUUUGAUGCCCCAUGGGUCUGCUUUAAGCUGGCUGUCCAUAACUUGGCCUACGUUGUCCUAAAUUGUCUCAUUCUUUUUUCGAUGGGCUGCAUGUGGUGAGCUUAUACAACAAGGCUAUGGGUCAAUUUACACUGAACUUACACUUCAAGGCUAUUGACAGCAUAUUCUGAUUUACAGGAUAACAAAAGUAGAUAUCCAUAAAUCCCUCUGUAAUUUCCCCCCCAUCUGAA